CAAAAAGACUAAAACCAUUAUUAAUCAUGCCAUUCUAAUAUCGUCCACAUAUAAUUCUUCUUUUUAUUUCUUCUCUGUUCAUUCAUAUUUUCAUAUACUACUAUUAUCAACCCAACCGCCAAUUUCCAUUUUGACGUCAGAAAUAACUGAAAUUCUUUGAACUUUCAGCUCUUUUAAAACAAAGGGGACCUUAAUUUGGUGUGCAGGAUUUGAAGAAAGAUGAGUUCAACCAUGAAGGGGUUGUUGCUAAAGCCCAAUACAGAUGUCAAUGACACGUACAUGAGAAAAUUACUAAAACAGAAGUAUAAAGAACAGCAAUUUCUAGUAAAUUACCCCUCUGUUGGCAUCAAUAUGAGUUGUUCAACUUGGAGCAAAGUCAUUAGGUGCCAUCAACAAGAACCCAAUGGCUUUUCAAAUUCUCCAACUCCCAUAAAAAAGCAAAAUCUUCCACCUCAGGCAAUUUUGACUCCUGUUUCAGAUCCUACAUCUACUGCAAAAAAGAGAGUUUAUACUUUUGGAAAAGGAAAAAGCGAAGGAAACAAGGGCAUGAAGUCCUUGCUGGGAGGUAAGGGAGCAAACCUUGCUGAAAUGGCAAGCAUUGGAUUGUCCGUGCCACCUGGCCUUACUAUAUCAACAGAAGCAUGCCAGGAGUAUCAGAUUGCCAAAAAGCUUCCACAAGGACUGUGGGAGGAAAUACUGGAUGGUUUGAAGGCUGUGGAGAAAAACAUGGGGGCUUUCCUUGGGGACCCCUCGAAGCCUCUCCUUCUUUCGGUUCGGUCUGGUGCUGCUAUCUCUAUGCCUGGGAUGAUGGAUACUGUCUUGAACCUUGGACUCAGUGAUGAAGUGGUUGCUGGUUUGGCUGCCAAAAGUGGAGAGAGGUUUGCUUAUGACUCAUACAGGCGAUUUCUUGACAUGUUUGGAGAUGUGGUAAUGGGUAUUUCACAUUCAUUAUUUGCGGAGAAGUUAGAGAAGUUAAAGGACAUCAAAGGAGUGAAGCUUGACACUGAGCUCACAGCAUCUGAUCUUAAACAGCUUGUGGAGCAGUACAAAAAUGUUUAUAUUGAAGCAAAGGGUGAGAAGUUUCCUUCAGAUCCCAAAAGACAGUUGGAGUUGGCUGUCAAAGCAGUUUUUGAUUCUUGGGACAGUCCAAGAGCCAUUAAAUAUCGGAGCAUUAACCAGAUAACAGGACUUAAAGGAACUGCAGUAAACAUUCAAUGCAUGGUGUUCGGGAACAUGGGUAACACAUCAGGAACAGGUGUUCUCUUCACUAGGAAUCCAAGCACCGGCGAGAAGAAGCUCUAUGGAGAGUUUCUAGUCAAUGCUCAGGGAGAGGAUGUUGUCGCUGGAAUUAGAACACCUCAGGACUUGGACACAAUGAAGAAGCGUAUGCCUGAAGCAUACAGGGAGCUUGUUGAGAAUUGUGAGAUUUUAGAGAAACAUUAUAAAGAUAUGAUGGAUAUCGAAUUCACUGUUCAAGAAAAUAGACUGUGGAUGUUACAAUGCCGAGCAGGGAAACGUACAGGUAAAGGAGCAGUAAAGAUAGCAGUUGACAUGGUGAAUGAGGGACUUGUUGACAAGUGCACAGCUAUAAUGAGGGUGGAGCCGCAGCAUCUGGACCAACUUCUUCAUCCGCAGUUUGAAAAUCCAUCGGCUUAUAAAGACAAGGUGAUUGCAAAGGGCCUUCCUGCCUCUCCUGGGGCAGCAGUGGGACAGGUUGUGUUCAGUGCUGAAGAUGCUGAAGCAUGGCAUGCACAAGGGAAGAGUGCUAUUUUGGUGAGAACUGAAACAAGUCCAGAGGAUGUUGGUGGCAUGCAUGCUGCUGCUGGGAUCUUAACCGCGCGAGGUGGCAUGACAUCUCAUGCAGCUGUUGUAGCCCGUGGCUGGGGUAAAUGCUGUGUGUCUGGGUGUGCUGAUAUUGGUGUUAAUGAAUUGGAAAAGGUUCUCAUCAUUGGAGACAAAGUGAUUCAUGAAGGAGAUUGGCUUUCAUUAAACGGAUCAACAGGUGAAGUAAUCUUGGGGAAGCAACCACUAUCGCCUCCAGCUCUGACUGGUGACUUGGAGAUCUUCAUGUCUUGGGCUGAUACGAUCAGGCGCAUCAAGGUUAUGGCAAAUGCUGACACACCAGAAGAUGCACUAACAGCAAGGAAUAACGGUGCUGAAGGAAUUGGUCUAUGCAGGACAGAGCACAUGUUCUUUGCAUCAGACGAAAGGAUAAAAGCUGUGAGAAGGAUGAUAAUGGCUGUUACUACUGAGCAGAGGAAGGAAGCGCUCGACUUAUUAUUGCCUUACCAGAGAUCUGAUUUUGAGGGCAUUUUCCGUGCAAUGGAUGGUCUUCCGGUGACUAUUCGACUAUUAGACCCCCCACUUCAUGAAUUUUUGCCAGAAGGGAACCUGGAAGAGAUUGUGAGUGAACUAACAACACAUAUAGGCAUGCGCGAGGAAGAUGUCUAUUCUAGGAUUGAGAAACUGUCAGAAGUCAAUCCCAUGCUUGGAUUCCGAGGCUGCAGACUAGGUAUAUCCUACCCGGAACUGACAGAAAUGCAGGCUCGUGCAAUCUUUCAAGCUGCUAUAACUAUGAUCAACCAGGGUAUUUCAGUAUUUCCAGAGAUAAUGGUCCCCCUUGUUGGAACCCCUCAGGAAUUAGGUCAUCAAGUCGGUUUAAUCCGUAAUGUUGCCAAAAAGGUUUUCACUGAGAUGGGUACCUCAUUGAAUUAUAAGGUGGGCACCAUGAUAGAGAUUCCGAGAGCUGCUUUGGUUGCAGAUGAGAUUGCUAAAGAAGCAGAGUUCUUUUCCUUUGGGACCAAUGAUCUCACACAAAUGACAUUUGGAUAUAGUAGAGAUGAUGUAGGCAAGUUUCUUCCCAUAUAUCUAGCACAAGGCAUCCUUCAACACGAUCCAUUCGAGGUUCUUGAUCAAAGGGGUGUUGGCCAGCUCAUCAAGAUGGCCACAGAAAGAGGUCGGGGAGCAAGACCAAACUUGAAGGUUGGAAUUUGUGGAGAACAUGGUGGGGAGCCUUCUUCAGUUGCAUUUUUUGCUGAGGCAGGAUUGGACUAUGUUUCUUGCUCUCCAUUCAGGGUGCCCAUUGCAAGGCUAGCUGCAGCACAAGUUGUAGUUUGAAGGCAAUGCUCCAGGAAAAAGGAAGAUCAACAGCUGUAAAUAAAUAAAAACAAUUGUAGUACAACAGAAAAAUAGUUGUUUAGGAAAAGGAGAACAAGUUCUAUUACUUUAAACAAGUGUUUAUAUGUUGAGAAAUAAGAUUUGUUCUCUCCA